AUGGCGUCCUUCGAUUUUCAACGGCCUACUGUCCUGCCUCCUAAGCUUUGGGCUAGGAACUCAACCUUACUUUCCGGUCCUUUGCCACAAGCUCGUCCUGCCUCUAUUUCAGAAGAGGUUCAGGACUUUAUUGGUUUUGACGACAUCCUUGAAAGCAUCGAGGAUGAACCUGAAACGACCGGCCUCACAAUCGAAUGGGCCCCGACCAAUAUUGGAAAAGUAUGCGAAGGGUGUCUCCCACCCUGGAUUGCAUCCCUGAGAGGGGAAGACGAUGAUCUCGCAUGCCCCCGGGUAAACUGCAAGUGGUCUGGCGCCUCGAAGAAAUACGCCCGUUGCAUUAAAUCUCAUGAAGAUUGCAACACGAUGAGCGCCCUUAUCCAAGGGGACGUCUACGACGCUGACCGUAUGAUCGAAUGGGUUCGAUCUCUGUUCGGAACUGAUACAGAGGGGCGUCUGUUCCAAAGCGAAGCCUUUGUGAAAAGGUUGCGCUGUUGCGUUAUCGCCUUGCUGCAGCACCUUCGGCAACUCAUUUUCGCCCAUCGCGCUGAACGGAAGGGCCUCAAGAAGGCAGAGUUUUCGCGUCUCCGCUCAGGGUGA